AUGGCUGAGGAAAACAGUACGGACACUUCAAUAAUAUGUUACGCGCCAAGCAUGAUCACCACCAAUGGUGUUUGGCAAGGCGAUAAUCCUCUUGAUUUCUCCCUCCCCCUCUUUGUUCUUCAGCUUACCUUGGUCGUUGUCAUCACUCGAUUUUUCGUCUUUAUCCUCAAGCCCUUUCGCCAACCUCGUGUUAUCUCAGAGAUCCUUGGAGGAAUUGUGUUGGGGCCAUCGUUACUUGGGCGCUACACAAAAUUCGCAAACACCAUCUUUCCUCAGAGAAGUGUGAUGGUACUUGAAACAAUGGCUAAUGUUGGUUUACUUUACUUCCUUUUCCUGGUGGGUGUAGAGAUGGAUAUUAUGGUGGUACGGAAAACAGGGAAGCGAGCUCUAACCAUUGCUAUUGGUGGUAUGGUCUUACCAUUCCUCAUUGGCGCUGCCUUCUCUUUCUCUAUGCACAGAUCAGACGACCAUUUGGGGCAAGGCACAUACAUACUCUUCCUUGGUGUAGCUCUCUCUGUAACAGCAUUCCCGGUCCUUGCAAGGAUUCUUGCUGAGCUCAAGCUCAUCAAUACCGAGAUUGGUCGGAUAUCCAUGUCUGCAGCACUAGUCAAUGAUAUGUUUGCUUGGAUUCUCCUGGCCUUAGCUAUUGCAUUGGCCGAGAGUGAUAAAACUUCUUUUGCCUCCCUUUGGGUCAUGAUCUCUAGUGCAGCUUUCAUUGCUAUUUGCGUCUUUGUUGUGAGACCAGGAAUCUCUUGGAUUAUACGGAAAACCCCUGAAGGAGAGAACUUUAGUGAGUUCUAUAUAUGUCUCAUCUUGACAGGAGUCAUGAUCUCGGGAUUCAUUACCGAUGCAAUUGGAACACAUUCAGUGUUUGGUGCUUUUGUGUUUGGUCUUGUGAUUCCUAAUGGACCACUUGGUCUUACACUCAUCGAGAAACUUGAAGAUUUUGUCUCUGGACUUCUCCUACCUCUUUUCUUUGCCAUAAGUGGUCUUAAAACUAAUAUAGCUUCCAUCCAAGGGCCUGCCACUUGGUUAACUCUGAUGCUCGUUAUCUUCCUCGCGUGUGCUGGAAAAGUCAUCGGUACUGUUAUUGUUGCAUUUUUCCAUGGAAUGCCAGUUCGUGAAGGGAUAACUCUUGGCCUGCUAUUAAACACCAAAGGUCUUGUUGAAAUGAUAGUCCUUAAUGUUGGAAAAGACCAAAAAGUUUUAGAUGAUGAGACAUUUGCUACCAUGGUGCUUGUAGCCUUGGUUAUGACUGGAGUGAUAACUCCUAUUGUAACUAUCCUUUACAGACCAGUAAAACGUUCUGUUUCGUACAAGAGACGGACAAUCCAACAGACGAAGCCAGACAGCGAGCUUCGAGUACUGGUCUGUGUCCACACACCGCGUAACGUCCCUACUAUAAUCAACCUUCUUGAAGCUUCCCAUCCCACAAAGAGAUCUCCUAUAUGUAUUUACAUUCUCCAUCUUGUUGAGCUCACGGGUCGAGCAUCCGCAAUGCUGAUUGUCCACAACACACGAAAAUCAGGACGACCAGCGCUUAAUAGAACUCAAGCUCAGUCAGAUCACAUCAUUAAUGCCUUUGAGAAUUAUGAACAACAUGCAGCCUUUGUUGCUGUUCAACCCUUAACAGCUAUUUCGCCUUAUUCGACAAUGCAUGAAGAUGUUUGUAGCUUAGCAGAGGACAAACGUGUCUCUUUUAUAAUCAUACCAUUUCACAAACAACAAACAGUUGAUGGAGGAAUGGAAGCCACCAAUCCAGCAUACCGCUUAGUUAACCAAAACCUACUCGAAAACUCGCCUUGCUCUGUUGGAAUACUGGUAGAUAGAGGACUCAAUGGUGCAACAAGAUUGACCUCAAACACCAUCUCUCUCCAAGUUGCUGUUCUGUAUUUCGGUGGUCCAGACGAUAGAGAAGCCUUAGCAUAUGCUUGGAGAAUGGCUGAACAUCCGGGCAUCACCCUAACUGUGUUGCGCUUUAUUCCUGAUGAAGAUGUAACCAGUGACACUAACCUAAAGGUGGAUCUGAAAAAGCAAAGACAGCUUGAUGAUGAAUACAUCAAUGCCUUCCGGGUGGAAAAUGCGGAUCAAGAGUCAAUUGUGUAUAUAGAAAAAAUUGUAAGCAACGGGGAAGAGACAGUUGCAGCAGUGAGAUCAAUGGAUAGUUCUCACGAUCUGUUUAUAGUUGGAAGAGGAGAAGGAAUGUCAUCUCCUCUCACUGCAGGUUUAACUGAUUGGAGUGAGUGUCCUGAGCUUGGUGCCAUUGGAGAUUUGCUUGCAUCAUCAGACUUUGCAGCCACUGUCUCGGUCCUUGUGGUUCAGCAGUAUCUUGGAUCAUGGGCACAAGAAGAUGAAAUGGAUUUGCCUGAGAGUCCGGUUAACUCACAUGAACAACCAAAGGCCACAUAUGCUUUAGAAAAUCCACGUUAG